CCCCCAUUUGAAUGCCCAAAAUUCUGGCAGAGAAAGCGCCUUGUUAUUGUAACCCUGUCCCUUUCCUAUUCUAACACACCCAGCGAGACAAAGAGAGAGACGGACCAACCACGGACACAACCCAGUCCCCCCAUAUUAAUUCAUUCACUUUGCUAAAAAGCAACACCCAUUUCCGAAUUGAAGCAAAUGCCAUAGCAUUUGGAUCCGGAUUUUUGAUUGAGGAUCUCUGAAGUCAUUCUCGGCGGGACAUGGGAUCGAGCAGCAGCAAACCCAAUGCAGCUGGGUCGCCGUCGUCGUCCACUUCAUCGGUGCAUUCCAGUGGUCGGAGGAAUCGACCCUUCAUAGGAAGCACAGUGUUCCAAUCGUCGUGUCUUCGACCACCUCCUGGAUCUCACGACAGUGACGAAUCUGACGAUGACGAGCAGGUUUCUGAUCAGCAGAGUCAGGAAAUUGGUUGUAGUGACCCAAGUACCAGCCAGAUUAAAUUAGAUGCAGAUCAAGUGAAAGCUAAAUGUGACGGAACAGUAAAGGCUGAGCAACCUGAUGCAACAGCUUGUAUACCUUCUAGUACCGAGUAUGAUGAAGUGGAUCAAUCAAUACUUUCAAAUUCCGUGACUUUGUCUAGUCGGUCAUUGAGCCGUUCAAGUCGCUUCCUUUCUCGCUUCGGGUUAUUUCCCAGUAAUAACACAAGCUUCAAGCUGAGCAGAGCAACAAGUUUAGGGUCAUCAAGGGCUUAUUCGGUAUCAGCAACAAGUUUCACAGUUCCAAAUGAACAAGAUCAACUUGAUCUACACACAGGUCCUUCCCUUGGCUUAGUUAACAGAAAUGAACCUUCACGAGGUCGAAACUUCCUUCCUGCAUGCCUUGUCACUAGGUCCCCCCCACCACAGUUUGACGACUUUGCUUCUGGUAGCUUAGAGUCAAACCCUACGACUUCUGCUUUUUUUGAUAAUUUGAGAGAUGAUCACAUUUCUCCUCCUCUAAAUGUGGCAAGAGAUAUAGAAAAUCCUAGAGGUGAGUCCAAUGUAAAUUCGCGUUCUUCAAGAAAUGAUGUCAUAGAGAGCAUGGAGACAAGAAUUGGUGAUAGGCGUAUGGAACGGAAUGUUCGCUUUAGUAGGACCCUAAGUGUUGGAAGACUUCGUGAUCGAGUUCUCCGGAGAUCAACAUUUCCCGACUUCACAUUUUCUCCUUUGGAGCAAGAGAGGGAAGUGAGAGAUACUAGUCACCAAGGCGGAACACAGGCUUUGGGUGGUGGAACUGGGGCAUCGGCCUCGAAUGGUAAUGGCUUCAUCUCAUCAAGUUCUUCUGUCCGUGCUUCAACAGGUAUGCCUAGCUCGUUCUACACUGGUCAAGAUUCUGAAGUGGAAACCUUUCAUGCAAGAGGAACUAGAUAUCAUGAUCUUUUGGAACACAGAUCAAAUUUCCUUGAGCGUAGACGAAGAAUACGGUCUCAGGUCCAUGCUCUUCAGCGGUUGGGCAGCCGUUUCGAGAACCUGUCUGGACAUGAGAGGUCUUGCAUCAUAUCUGGUCAACAUCGGACAGGUCAUUGCACUUGUCCUAUUGCGACUCGGGUUUCUAAUACAAGUGAUGACACCAGUGCUAGGGCUAGCAUAUCGAGAAUUGUCAUGUUAGCUGAAGCUUUGUUUGAGGUUCUGGAUGAAAUUCACCAGCAAUCUGUAGUUAUAUUGCCUUCUGUUGCUUCAAAUGGAUCUAUUCCUGCUCCUAAUGAAGUUGUGGAAGCCCUGCCGGUGAAACUGUACAGCAAAUCACAAAAACAUCUGUAUGAGGAGGCUGCACAAUGUUACAUAUGCCUUGUUGAGUACGAGGAAGGAGAUGGUGUGAGGAUACUUCCUUGUCACCAUGAAUUUCAUAGAUCAUGUGUGGACAAAUGGCUCAAGGAGAUUCACAGGGUAUGUCCGCUUUGUCGUGGGGAUAUCUGCAGACCAGAUUCAGUGUUGUCAGCAAAUUAAGCGCCAAAUGCGCCACUGGUAUCUAGUUGACCGGAAAGAUGGUAGAAACUGGAGAAGUAUCCUAAUUGGUGACUGGUGAGGCCUUGAGGAGUUGUCCUUUUCUGCUUGAGUGGUUACCGCUGCUUUGAUAUAUGCUUCAAUUGCAUAUGUGAAUACUUCAAACUCUGGUAGAAAGGGACUAACCUGCUCAUCCCAUGCCAUAGCUCUUCUGCUGCCGGAGUCUUGGUAGCUGCAAAUGCACAUGCUCACAUACAACACACGCACACAGGGGGUGGUUCUUUUCGGAUAACCAGGUUCUUUUUUGAUAACCGGUACUAUGAAUACCUUCAGAAGGAGGCUGUGUGUAUUGCAAUGGUCCUAUCUGGUUUCUUAAAUGCAACUUGCUGAUUCAAAUGAAUCUGUUGUCCUCUCUCUCUCUACUAUGAAUACCUUCAGAAGGAGGCUGUGUGUAUUGCAAUGGUCCUAUCUGGUUUCUUAAAUGCAACUUGCUGAUUCAAAUGAA